GUUGUGUUCUAGCUGAAAUACCCAUGUAAGAUGACUCUGACGCUGAAGCGACAUGAGGAGCCUUUAGCAAGCAGGCCGCUGCUUUAGAGAGCUGAGGUCUGGGGCGUGGGCUGCAUUAGAGAGCCCCUCUGUAGAAAACGAACCUUUUCUUUAUCUUCUCUAAACUUUUGAAACAUUUUAACAUCAUGAGUCGAGGCACGGGAAAGUCCGCCCAGGACACGCUCAUUGAAAUGAGCGAGACCGCUUCUCAAGGUGGAGGGGAUGAGAACAACGGUUUCUGUCCCAAUUCAGAGAGUAUAUCACUUCAUCAGCGUGAUGCUAAGUCCUUAGAAAGUCUUUGCUCAGAGUGCUAUGACUCUGUGUCUAAGAGCUCCAGUCACUCCUCUGUGUUUUUGUGUGAUCAGUGUGAGCGAGAACACACUGAACCUGUCCAACACCUUUCCAGUCUUGCAGGGAUCUGGAGGAAGAGAACUCUGUUUCUGAAGUAUCGCUCCAGGGUUGAUAAAAAUCAUCAGAGUAAAGACUCUGUGUACUUCAGAGAUGGGGUCCGGAGGAUAGAUUUUGUUCUGUCAUAUGUCGAUGAGAAUGAAGGAGAAAGAAAACAGGAAAGAAGGAAGCAGUAUGAAGCUAACCUGCAGAAGGCAGGGCUAGAGCUGGAGCUUGAAGACAAAUCGGAAUCUGAGGAUGGGAAGACUUAUUUCCUAAAGAUCCAUGUGCCGUGGGCGGUAUUGGCCACCUACGCUGAAGUUCUAAAGAUUAAAGUGCCUUUCAAAGUCAAUGACAUCCCUGAAAACCGUGAGAUUCCUGCCUCCUGGCUCUUCACACCAUUCCGCCUGCCUGAUUCAGUCAUGCACCCUGAGCCGGACUACUUCACCGCCCACUUUGACAACAGCAAGAUUGAUUUCUUCCUCAUCGAAAAUAAAGAUACACUCUUCCCUAACUCCACACGCAACAGGAUAGUGUAUUACAUCCUCUCCCGUUGCCCUUACAAUAAAGAAGACAAACUCAACAAGGACAAGAGAGGCAUUAAGCGGCUGCUUAACAACGGAACCUACACUUCAGCCUUCCCUCUGCAUGAUUGCAGAUACUGGACAAGGUCUCGAGAUCCUAACUGUGACAAUGAGAGGUAUAGCCUCUACCAAUCCUGGGCUCGGUUCUGCCGCUUCUACAAGGAGCAGCCACUCAAUCUUAUCCGGAGAUACUAUGGGGAGAAGAUUGGGAUCUACUUUGCUUGGCUGGGCUUCUACACUGAAAUGCUGUUCUAUGCUGCUCUGGUUGGACUUAUCUGCUUCAUCUAUGGACUGGCGACCUAUGAUGAAGUUGUCUGGACAAAAGAAAUCUGUGAUGAAAACAUUGGUGGAGAGAUAAUCAUGUGCCCUCUCUGUGAUAAGAAAUGUGGGUAUUGGAAACUUAACAGUACCUGCAACUCCACCUGGCAAUCACAUCUCUUUGAUAACACGGCGACAGUGUUCUUCGCUAUAUUUAUGGGGAUAUGGGUGACACUGUUCCUGGAGUUUUGGAAGCGGCGACAAGCCAGGCUGAAGUAUGAGUGGGAUCUGGUGGACUUUGAGGAGGAGCAGCAACGGUUACAGCUUAGGCCUGAGUAUGAGACCAAAUGCACCAGUCGGCGUCGUAAUCCUGUCACACAGGAGAUGGAGUGCAUUCUAGACCAGACAUUUGGUGAUUUUUUAGGCAAGGUCAUCUUGUGCUGGGCCACUGUAGUCCUGUGGAUCUCUCUAAUCAUAGCGAGCAUAAUCGGGGUGAUAGUAUAUCGGCUGGCUGUGUUUGCUGCUCUGGCUAGCAUUAUGAAGGACAGCCCUACCAAUAAGCUGGAAGUGGUAGGCUCACUUAUCACCCCACAGCUGGCCACUUCUGUCACAGCCUCGUGCAUCAACUUCAUAAUUAUCAUGAUACUUAACUUCCUGUAUGAGCGUGUGGCCAUAUGGAUUACAGACAUGGAAAUCCCAAAAACACAUCUAGAGUAUGAAAACAAACUGACCGUGAAGAUGUUCCUCUUCCAGUUUGUUAACUACUAUUCCUCUUGCUUCUACGUGGCCUUCUUUAAAGGAAAGUUUGUGGGCUACCCUGGAAAAUACACAUACAUGUUCAAUGAGUGGAGCGGACUGAGGAAUGAAGAGUGUGACCCUGGCGGUUGUUUGAUUGAGCUGACGACUCAGCUUGUGAUAGUGAUGGCUGGUAAACAAGUGUGGGGGAACAUCCAGGAGGCCUUAGUUCCCUGGCUGCAGAACUGGUGGAGCAGCAGAAGUGCUCGCAGCCACCCGGAGAGUCUGUACAGCCGCUGGGAGCAGGAUUAUGAUCUGCAGAACUUCAGUCAGUUUGGCCUUUUCUAUGAGUACCUGGAAAUGGUGAUCCAGUUUGGUUUUAUCACAUUGUUUGUGGCGUCCUUUCCAUUGGCUCCUCUCUUGGCGCUGAUGAAUAAUAUUCUUGAGGUGCGAGUGGAUGCAUGGAAGUUAACCACUCAGUUCCGCAGACCUGUAGCAGCUAAAGCACACAGCAUUGGUGCCUGGGAUGAGAUCCUGAACAUGAUUGCCGUCUUCUCCGUAGUAACCAAUGCAUUCAUUGUGGCAUUUACCUCUGAUAUGAUUCCUCGGCUGGUGUAUCUAUACGCGUAUCACCCAGGCGCUGGGCUAACUAUGGAUGGCUACAUCAACAGUAGCCUAUCCAUCUUCAACAUCUCGCAGAUCCCACCUUCAAACAGACCUGACAAUGGUGAGAAUCCGGCCUGGUUCAACAGCUCUGUGAUUACCACCUGCAGGUACCGGGAUUACCGCUAUCCCCCAGGCCAUCCAAAUGAAUACCAAGUCACCAUGCAGUUCUGGCAUAUCCUGGCAGCCAAAAUGGCUUUUAUUAUUAUUAUGGAGCAUGUUGUGUUUGUGGUGAAGUUCUUUGUGGCAUGGUUGAUCCCAGAUGUGCCAUCUGAUGUGAAGGCCCGUAUAAAGCGGGAACGCUACCUGGUCCAGGAGUACCUGCACAACUAUGAGGUGGAGAAGCUGAAAGAGCAGCUGAGUCAGAACGGAAGUGGAGGCCAGUGUAUCUGUCCCGAAAUAACUUCAACUGUGAAACACGAGGUUCUGUCUGAAUGCCUGACCUAGCCUGGGCCACAUCCCACUUUCCCUCACAACAAGCUCAUUCAAACCUUAUUAGCCACUUACCUCACCCUUGGCCACAAACUCUUCUAGCUCUGACAGCUAAUUAGGAUCAGCUCCAUUCUGCCCAUAUUCAUUUGAUCAUCAAGAUCCUAUAUCAGGUCCUAAAUUAGCUCUCCUUACUGAGACUGUGGUAGUUUUUAAUCUGUGACCUGUGGAGCUGGCCAUGCAUUUCUUACAUCAUGUGCUGUUGCCUUUUUCUGUCCAAGUUCAUUUUUACUUUAUUUAGAAGCCUCACAUUUGGUUUUUGUUUUGUAACUUACCUUGUACAUCCCGUUUCAACUUGUUUGAGAGAUUUCUAAUUAAGUUCAGAUACAGGACUGUAAAAUCUCUUGUGAAUCCAAAGACAAAACACCUUAUUAACACAUCUAUCUUAGUAUGUAUUGCUCUUCCUUCAAGAAAAAUAUUUCACUGUAUCAAUAGACAAGCCUUUAAAAUCUUGCCUUCUUAUACAAUACAUCUAAGGAACUCCGUGGACUAUGGAGAUGGAGAUUUUGAGAGAAAAUUUUGUUUAUAUUUAUUCCAUAUUCAGCCUGUUUUACUGUCUCUGUAUGUUUUAUAUUUUGUUAUUUUGCCUUUGAUAUCACAGAAGAACUCUGUAGAUUCAAUUAACUAUAUAUUAAAGCACUAAACGUCACAUGGUGUUUUUACCAUGCUGUUAUGCAAAUCAAAUUAAUAUGCAACUUCACAAGACUGUCAAGAAAAUGUAGUGCUCCUAUACCGAUAAGUGUCGAUGCACCAUACUUUUUCAAAGAUAGCUUAGCUGCUGAUAGUUGAUGGAAAACGGCAUAUCCUAUAAACCAAAUCCUGAAUAAAUUCCAGCCAAAGCCCGCUAUUCAAAAUGGAAGUGUUAGUAUAAUGAAGAGUAAGCAACAUUUAAUGCAUGACUGAAAGGGUAGACCGGCCAUGCUAAUGGCUUUUAAUGUGCCUUUAUUUAUCUACACAGUUAUUCCUGUGAAGGUAAAUCCAGCUGUAGUCAUGGGGACACUGUGACGGUCUUUGCUUUAUUCCAUUUUUUUUGUUAUUGUUGUUUUAUGGGUGAGGAAAUUGUGAGGAUUUUUUGCACAUAGCACUUACUGAAGAAGGAAUUUGAGUUUGACAGUGUGAUUAUUGUAUUUACACACUACAGUAUCAGUGUUGUUCUAAUCAAGAUGAUAUGUGGAAGAGAUGAGGCCAUGUGAAUCACUGUAAAUGCUUUGACAACCACAACCUGUCUUUUAUUUUCAGAUGUCUUUAAAGCAUUAUAGCACAAUAAAAAUAAAAACAUUUGUGCUAAACCUUAAGAUAUUUUUAUUAUGUUUUGGAAAAAAGAGGCCUAGAAUUACCAAAGGCAGAUAAUGAUUUGCCAGUACACUUCCUUUUGCAAAUACAUAUACAGACACAAAUAAUCAAGUGUCAUGUUCUAAUUUUGCUGUUUUUGAAUUCUUGACUUGAUUUCUGAAGAUGUAACUAUGUAUAUGGUGGUCUACAUUUUAAUUUUAUUCUUAGCUCUUUCAGUUUGCAUUUGAAUUCGUUUAAAGAGCCGUCUGUGUUGGAGGUACAUACAGUUUAUCUAAGAACACAGAAUACUAGAAGCCAUAGACACUAGAUUUUCUGUGUGGCAAAACAUAAAGAAGCCAUGCUUUUGUAUCACUAAACAAGCUUUGCCUGUUAAUUGUCUGAUUUAAAUGAAUACUGUCAAUCACAGAGUUCAAAUUCAAUCCUUUGUGUUAUUUGAUCAACUAAUACCUUUUCUUGACUGACAGCUUGUGAUUAUUGCAUGGCAUCACAUGUUGCAUCAUGUACUGCAUAGACUAUAUAAUGCUGGUUCAGAAGCUGUAAUCAGAUUGUUAUUGGUUCUGCAUAACUGAAUGAAUAUCAUUUUAAAUAAAACACAAAUUACAUUUUUAAAUACUU